GCAGACACGCCCACUAGCCAACCAGACGAGCCACGUGCAGAUAAGCCACGCCCAUUACCAAUCGUAACGGUUCACGUGCGCUAGGCUCGCCCAGCAGCCAACCGUAUUGUUUCCUUACCGUGCAAGCGCAGAAACGCUUCCGCGGGACCCUGUAUCUCAGUGCGCCGCGCGCUGAACGCCGGUUUCACAGCAAGCCGAACCGGAGCAGCAACCUACUGGAAGAAAAGCCAACUACCACAUCAGGCACCCGGGGUUCGGCCCCUGGUGACAACAUUUCAGACCAUAGCAGCCAAAUGGACCAGACCCAUCAGUUCCCCACGCGUCGAUCAGCAGCCGGUCAGUCCCGACACUUAUUUUUAACAAGACUUGGUAUAGCAGCUUGUAAGUAUGCAGGUAGCGUUGAUCCUGACAAUGUUCGCUGUCAUGCGGAUUAUGUGAAACUAAAUAAGCUACCAACCGAAUGCACAGCUUUAGCUUAUGAUGGAAUAAAAAUUGAUGACAAAUUUUUAUUUAGACCUACCUAUUUUUCAAGGGAUUUAGUUGAUCCUGAAAAUACUUUAAUUGAAGCUCAAAAAUUGAAAGAACUUAUAAAAUAUUAUCCUGCAACCGGUUUAAUUCUGAGAGGAAUACAUUAUCAUUAUGAACUUGAUUUAGAUUAUAAUGUUCCUGAAGACUUCUAUGAGAACUUAUCAAAUUAUGUAAUGUCUAUAAAGAACGAAGUACCAAAUUUGUCAAUUGGGUUGUAUUUAAAAGCAAAAAGUAUGAUAUUUUAUAGCAAUACAAGUAAUUCAGCAAGUCCGAAUUGGUUUGAUUUUGAAAUACUAAAUGACGUUAUGGAUUUCUAUCUAUUUGGAUUUGAACAGUUUAAUGAAUGUGAUUUUACUUUUCUAAAUGGUGGAAUAACUCCUUUAGAUUCACCAGAUCCAAUGAAUCCAAACAUUAAUACUUUAGAUAAAUUUGGAGCUGCUUUAAGUAAUUCAAUCAUUCCGAAGGAAAAAAUUUAUUUAGAAUAUUUAAUAAAUCCUUCGGUGAAUAAAAAAGAUGAAAUGAAUUUUUUGAGUUGUGAAGUAUCUUAUAACGAGUUAUAAAUAUUCAUGGUGUGCUGACAAUGAAAAUACAUUCUAUGAUAAAGGUCUAUUUGCUGCCCAAUAUGCAAACGGAAUCGUAGCUAAAGAUAUAGAUUUAGUCGAUCGUGAUUUAAAAUGUGAAUGUGAUGAAGAUAAGUAUGUAACGUUUCAUAUGAUUUUAAAUGGAUUUAUGGGACUAGACAAGAUAAGUUGCAGUAAAAUAAAUGGUACCUAGCUAACUAGCUAAGUAAUUGAAUUAUAUAUUUUUGACUAAUAC